GCAACCCUAAAUCAAUCGAUGACAGCGAAUUUUCUUCUGACGACAUUUUUAUCAAUAAUUUGGCAAAAAUCGUGAAAAAUAAGUGUUUUCAUCAAUAGUGAAUAGUGAUAAAAGGCCCACAAUGGCAGACAGCAAUGAACAGAAGGCUAUGCAGUUGAUGGCGGAGGCCGAAAAGAAAUUAAAUUCAUCGAAAUCCUUCCUUGGGUCACUUUUUGGUGGUUCAUCGAAGGUGGAGGAAGCGGUGGACUGCUACCUGCGGGCUGCGAACCUCUUCAAGAUGUCCAAGAAGUGGGCGCAGGGCGGGCAGGCGUUCUGCCUCGCCGCGCAGCUGCAUCUAAAAGCCGGUGUCCGCCACGAUGCCGCCACCAACUUUGUCGACGCCUCUAAUUGUUACAAGAAGUGUGAUCCUAAUGAGGCGGUUUCAUGUAUUCUAAAGGCGGUAGAAAUCUACACGGACAUGGGUCGCUUCACCGUCGCCGCCAAACAACAUCAGAACAUAGCGGAGCUCUACGAGACCGAGUGCGUGGACCUGGCGCGAGCGAUGCAGCACUACGAGCAGGCCGCCGACUACUUCCGCGGCGAGGAGUCCACGUCCAGCGCCAACAAGUGCAUGUUGAAGCUCGCCCAGUACGCGGCUCAACUGGAGCAUUAUGACAAGGCUAUACAGAUCUAUGAACAGAUCGCCAAAUCAUCGCUCGACAGCAGCCUGCUCAAGUACAGCGCCAAGGAGUACAUGUUCCGCGCGGCGCUGUGCCACCUCUGUGUGGACGCGCAGAACGCGGCCUUCGCAUUGGAUAAAUACAUCGGACUGUACCCCGCCUUCGCCGACACACGGGAGUACAAGCUGCUUAAGGAGCUGAUUGAACACCUGGAGGAGCAGAACGUGGAAGGGUUCACCGAAGCCGUCAAGAACUACGACAGCAUAUCCCGCCUCGACCAAUGGUACACGACCAUUCUGGUGCGCAUCAAGAAGCAAAUCAACGACGACGCCGACCUGCGUUGAUUGGCCAGCCCGCGCCGCGCCGCCGCCGUCUGCUACUGAGCUCGCUUCUGAUUGGUCCGUGUUUGUGGGGAGUCGCGUUUAUUGGUUAGUCCAGCUGAACUGCUUUUUUUUUCAAGUCAAGUAGGUACAGAGGGUGUAGGUUUUUGUUAACCGAUAAAGCAGUGACAAUCUACGCAAUUUGUACCGCUAGGUGGCGUCUCUGUCGCGCCAUACUAAUUCGUUUACUCGUCACUACUCGAACGAUGUAAAAAUUCGCACUCUGCAUGAUGAAGAUAUUGUUAAUCCUUUAACUGGUAGAAAACUAAAAUAUUUACAUUUGGUUUUGGACCUUAAGUUUAAUAGCAUAAAGUUCGUUUGUAAAAGGGUUGACGUUUUUAGGGUUUGUCAUCGGUGCUUGUACUAUCACAAAGUUUUCUGGUUAAUUCUUUGUUAUGGCUGCGGUCGCGUCGCGUGACUUUAAUUCUGAGGUUUGUUAGCAUGAAGAAUGAUAAACAAGUUUUAAUAACGUUCAAAAUUAAUACAAUUAUAUGCUAUAUGUUGUAAUUUUGCCAAAACGAGUGUGAAAAGUGUAAAAAUAAUAACAUAUAAAAUGGCAGUUGUACCUUCACUUUCGAUUGAAUAAAUGUACAAGUGAGUGUGAUUGGUUGGACUAUUUCAGAACGUUGCUCAAUCGUUGAACACACGGCGGUGGUGGCGGAUACAAUUUAUCUUUUCAAUAGUAAUAAUAGUAGUUAUUCAUAACUUAUGCCUAUUUCUUAUAGUAAAGGCGCGUUUAACAUUUGUGAUGUACUGUGGAUUAUCGUUAAUAUGUUAAAAUAAUACAGAAUUACCUGCUUUAGGUAUAACUUAAGUUCAUCUGGAUUCAUCAACAGCAUUGAACGGUAUUAUUUCUCUAAAACUACGGACAUAUCAGCGCAUAAGAGCCAUGCAAUGAGGGCAAUACAUCAUUCAAAUACAAAACGCAUACAUUUACUUGUUUGGACGUUUUACAGUACAAUGCGAAAACGAUACACACAGUGCAAAACAAAGGAGCUACUAGCAUUCAAGUUAGUUAAAAAUAUACUAUAAUUAAUUUAAAAUUUAGUGGAUAAGACGGCAUUUUUUUAUCAGCUGAUACACCGAGUCCCAUACUUCAUAACUUAGUAGAUAAAGUACUUGUAAACGAUGUACUUUUUGCAAUAAUGCCUCAUAAUGGUGUAAGUAGGUACUAAUUCCUCUUGUUAAUUCAGUGUUCUUGAGAAUCAUUCCAUAUUUAAUUCGGUUUUCUCUGUAAUUUUAUAAGCAUUAUCGAAACAAGAUAAUAAUGCUGGUCCUAGGCAGAUCCAAUGAUUAUCUAGUUUUUUGACCAGAAGAGACACGUUCAAGACAUCAAACAACGUGGUAUACCGACAGAUAUUUUGGAAUAAGUAUGAAAGGAAUUUAAUAGCUUUCUUGGAAUGUCUAAGUUGAGACCUUGUAUAGUUAUAAUAUUUUGCCCUUUUAUGUAAAAAAUGGAGUACAUACUACAUACGGGCUGUCUCAUUUCUUAACGUAGGACGUUAGUAUUUUUUAAUUAUUGUUAUAUUGUAAAUAUAAUCUACGUUUUCGUUAUUACGUUAAUAAAUUUUGUAUUUAAUUUAGAUUUUUAUUUAUUACCCCUUUAAUUUAUAUAUUUUUUUAUUGAUUUACUGUUUGUUGACUUUACAAUAUUCUGCUUACAUAAUAAAUUUAAGGCCGCCUUACGUUAAAAUAGGCUUAAAAUUUCAGUAUUAGCGAACCAUCCAUCCCAUCUUCCAUCAACUGUAUCGAGGAAAGACGUAAUGUUAAGAUUUUCGAGCAUGUAAUAAUAAUAAUUAAAGGUUUUACAUUGACUACCGUAAUGUUAGCGACAUCAAUUAUAUAAUACUGUAACGGCACACUGAUAUUCGUUUAAAUGUAAAAAUAAAGUGUUAUCGAAAUUCAA